AAUACGUCAAUAUAUGCCAAAAAAUAUUAUUUAAUGUAAUUUAAUAACGAUAUUUUUAGUAAGGCAUCAUUUGUGGAGCCCACAUGAGAGGGUCCUUCAGCGGUUCACACGGAAACCAGCAUUAAUGACCGAUGUUUGUUAUGCUACAGUUAGCAGUAUGCCUGCUGAACGCAAGCGCUCAUUAAACAUGGACGAGAAAGACGUUUGCACCUUCAGCAACAAGGAAAAGGAGAAGGACCGAGAUGGUGAGAGAAGACCAGCGUCCGCUCGAGACAAAGCCAAAGACGAGGCCAAAAUGAGCGGUAAAAAAGACGGCGGCAAGGAGGAGAAGAGGAAGCGCCUAGAGGAGGAGAAGAAGAAGAAGGAGGAAAAAGAGCGGAGGAAGAAAGAGGAGGAAAAACAGAAAGCGGAGGAGGAGCAGAAGAAGAAAGAGGAGGAGGAGAAGAGACAGCAGGAAGAGGAGGAGAAGAAGCUUCAAGAGGAGGAGGCCAAAAGACAACGAGAGGAGGAGGCAGCUCUCCUGAAGGAAAAGGAGGAGGGGCAUCAGCUGCACCAGGAGGCCUGGGAGCGCCAUCAUUGCAGGAAGGAACUCCGCAUUAAGAACCAGAACGCCCAAGAGGGUCGACCCGAAGAGGCCUUCUUCAGCCGACUGGACUCCAGCCUUAAGAAGAACACCGCCUUCGUCAAGAAGCUGCGUACGCUCACCGAACAGCAACGAGACUCACUCUCCAACGACUUUAACUCACUGAACCUCAGCAAGUACAUCGGCGAGGCCGUGAGCUCCGUAGUGGAGGCCAAGCUGAAGAUCUCUGACGUGGGCUGCGCCGUCCACCUGUGCUCCCUCUUCCACCAGCGGUACGCUGAGUUCGCUCCGUUGCUGCUGCAGGCGUGGAAGAAGCACUUUGAAGCAAGGAAGGAGGACAAGGCGCCCAAUGUGAGCAAGCUGCGCACGGACCUGCGCUUCAUCGCCGAACUCACCAUCGUCGGGCUCUUCACAGACAAAGAGGGGCUGUCGCUGAUUUACGAGCAGCUGAAGAACAUUAUCAGCACCGACCGGGACACGCACACUCACGUGUCAGUGGUGAUCAGCUUCUGUAAGCACUGCGGAGACGACAUCGCCGGUCUGUUGCCCCGCAAGGUAAAACUGGCAGCUGAUAAGUUUGGCUUGGGCUUCCCUCCGAGCGAGAUAAUCACCACCGAGAAGCAGCAGCCCUUCCAGAACCUCCUACGGGAGUACUUCACUUCACUCACCAAGCACCUGAAGAAGGACCACCGCGAGCUGCAGAACACCGAGAGGCAGAACAGGCGUAUAUUACAUUCCAAAGGGGAGCUGAGUGAAGACAGACACAAGCAGUAUGAAGAGUUUGCCACUUCCUACCAGAAGCUGCUGGCCAACACUCAGUCGCUGGCUGAUCUGCUGGAUGAAAACAUGCCCGAUCUGCCUCAGGACAAGACUGUGCAGGAGGAGCACGGGCCCGGCAUUGACAUCUUCACCCCCGGUAAGCCCGGAGAGUACGACCUGGAGGGAGGGAUCUGGGAAGACGAAGACGCUCGUAACUUCUACGAGAACUUGGUGGACCUGAAGGCCUUCGUCCCCGCCAUCCUCUUCAAGGACAACGAGAAGAGCAACCAGGGCAAAGACAAGGAUGAAGGCAAAGAUGGCAAAGACGGGAAGGAUGCAGCCAGUGUCACAGAGGAACUGGAGCUGGAGCUGGAGGCUCUGGACAUCGCUGAUGAACCUUUGGAACUGGAGGGACCAGACGAGGCGGAGAAUGAAGAACUGGCGAAAAAACUGCUGGAUGAGCAAGAACAAGAGGAUGAGGAGGCCAACACAGGGUCCCACUUGAAGCUGAUCGUGGACGCCUUCAUCCAGCAGCUCCCCAACUGUGUCAACAGAGACCUCAUUGACAAGGCUGCCAUGGACUUCUGCAUGAACAUGAACACCAAAUCCAACAGGAGGAAGCUCGUCCGAGCCCUCUUCACCGUCCCCAGGCAGAGGUUGGAUCUUCUGCCCUUCUACUCUCGCCUGGUGGCGACUCUUCAUCCCUGCAUGUCAGACGUGGCCGAGGACCUCUGCUCCAUGCUGAAGGGAGACUUCAGGUUUCACAUCCGGAAGAAGGACCAGAUCAACAUCGAGACAAAAAAUAAAACGGUCAGAUUUAUCGGGGAACUGGCCAAGUUCAAGAUGUUCACAAAGACCGACACGCUUCAUUGUCUCAAGAUGCUGCUGUCUGAUUUCACCCAUCACCACAUCGAGAUGGCCUGCACGCUGCUGGAGACCAGCGGUCGCUUCCUCUUCAGAUCCCCCGACUCUCACCUGCGUACCAGCGUCUUGCUGGAGCAAAUGAUGCGUAAAAAGCAGGCGCAGCACCUGGACGCACGCUACGUGACAAUGGUGGAAAACGCCUACUACUACUGCAACCCGCCACCCAUGGAGAAAACGGUGAAGAAGAAGAGGCCGCCGCUGCAGGAGUACAUCCGCAAGCUUCUCUACAAGGACCUGUCCAAGGUCACCACGGAGAAGGUGCUGAGGCAGAUGCGCAAGCUGCCGUGGCAGGACCCCGAGGUCAAGAGCUACCUGAUCUGCUGCAUGGUCAACAUCUGGAACGUCAAGUACAACAGCAUCCACUGUGUGGCCAACCUGCUGGCCGGGCUGGUGGCCUACCAGGAGGACGUGGGCAUCCAUGUGGUGGACGGGGUGCUGGAGGACAUCCGACUGGGCAUGGAGGUCAACCAGCCCAAGUUCAACCAGCGGCGAAUCAGCAGCGCCAAGUUCCUGGGCGAGCUCUACAACUACCGCAUGGUGGAGUCGGCCGUCAUCUUCCGCACCCUCUUCUCCUUCAUCUCCUUCGGGAUCAACCAGGACGGCAGCCCCAGCGCUCUGGACCCUCCGGAGCACCUGUUCCGCAUCCGCCUGGUCUGCACGCUGCUCGAUACCUGCGGCCAGUACUUCGACCGAGGCUCCAGCAAGAGGAAGCUGGACUGUUUCCUCAUCUACUUCCAGCGGUAUAUUUGGUGGAAAAAGAGCAUUGACGUUUGGACCAAGGACCACCCGUUCCCCAUCGACAUCGACUACAUGAUCACCGACACUCUGGAGCUGCUCCGACCCAAGAUGAGGCUCAGCUGCUCCCUGGAGGAGGCCACCAAACAGGUCACCGACCUGGAGAGGGAGGUGCUCGUCAAACUAGGUCUGGCCAUGGAGAAGGACGGCCGCUCCAGUGCCAUGAGCGAAGGGGAAGUCCUCGACGAGGAAGACGACGAUGGCGAUGACGACGAAGAGGGCGGUGCUGAGACCGAGGAGCAGUCCGGCAACGAGAGUGAAAUAAACGAGCAUGAAGAGGAUGAAGGGUCAGAGAACGAAGAAUUGGAGAGGGAGGAAGAGGAAGAAGAGAACACCGACUACCUGACCGAUUCCAAUAAAGAAAACGAGACUGAUGAGGAGAACAACGAGGUGACGAUCCGUGGCGGCGGACUGAAGCAUGUGGCGUGCGCCGAGGACGAGGACUUCAUUCAGGCUCUGGAUAAGAUGAUGCUGGAGAACCUGCAGCAGCGCAGCGGCGAGACGGUGAAGGUGCACCAGCUGGACGUGGCCAUUCCUUUGCAGCUGAAGAGUCAGCUGAAGAAAGGCGGCCCCAGAGAGCCAUGCAUCGCCGAGGGAGACUCGGACAUCUCCGACACCAUGCAGUUCGUCAUGCUGACACGCAAAGGCAACAAGCAGCAGUAUAAGAUCCUGAACGUGCCCCUGUCCUCCCACCUGGCGGCGAACCACUUCAACCAGCAGCAGGCCGAACAGGAGGAGCGCAUGAAGAUGAAGAAGCUCACCCUGGACAUCAACGAGAGGCAGGAGCAAGAGGACUACCAGGAGAUGAUGCAGUCCCUCGCUCAGCGUCCGGCUCCGGCCAACACCAACCGGGAGCGCCGGCCUCGCUACCAGCACCCGAAAGGCGCUCCCAACGCCGACCUCAUCUUCAAGACCGGAGGAAGGAGACGCUGAUUGGAGUCUGGGCCGGGCUGAACGAACGAACGAGCGAGCAAGAGAGCGAAUGAACAAGAGAGAGAGAGAGAGAACGAGAAGAUCGGAGGGGAAACCGGUCUAAACAGGGAACGAGUCCUCCAGACGCCCCCCGUGAAGCCGGGACAGACCAAAACCCCUGAAACCUCAACACACUUCUUACCGAAGCCCGACGAGGAGAGACAAAACCGGGACGCUGGGGGGGGUCAGAGGUCAGGGGUCAAGACAGAUGGCUCUCUUUUCUUUUUUGUCUGUUGCCUGAGAUGACAAAAAACAACCAAACUGUCUGGAUCAGAACUACGAAGAACACGUGAGCGGCCGACUGGAUGGCGACCCGAGAGACAGGAAGACGGGAUGAACGAACCUCCCGCCGCCGCCACCAGGUGGAGGAAACAGUGACUCAUAUUUAGGAGUUUAAAACCCCUGCGAGUGGAUAGAAAUUUACACGAGACUAGUGACGGUUAUAUUCAUUUUGUUGUUUUGGGACAUUUCAAAUACAACCGGGAACACUCCACGCUGACGUCAAGGCAGCGCUGAGAUGAAGACGGAGCAAAUGACGGGAUGGCGAGGAUUUAACACUGGUCGUGUGUUCGUAAACUGGUCGCCCAGUGACCCAGAGAGGAUGUUCUGUACACAAAUUAUGUGUUUGAAAUGUGGCCGAUGGUAUGAGACUCUUGUUAUAGAGGCCUGUAUUGAUUCAGAGUCGUAUGUCACUGCGUUUCUACUGACUUAUGUCGCUCAUAAAGCUGUAUGGAAAUGGCAGAUAAAACGUUCUCAAAUGCGGAAAACAAGCUUUUACGCUCGCUUGAGGUGCUUUGUUAAAAAAGAGUUGACACUCUAAAUGGGAUAUAGAAAUGUCUUUGCCGAAUAGAUUCCGACGUAGCGAACAUUUAAGUCACACGACUGAUCCGCUGUUUCUCCUGUAGGCGUCUUCUUGGAUAUAUAUUUGUGUUGUCUUCGUCUCUGGACAGCAUGAAAACACAAGCGACAAAAAAAUGGGCGAUGCGGCUGCUGAGUCUGGUUUCAUUUUAGAACCAGAUCGCCGAGUUUCACAGCUUGGUCCCAAGUUUCGUAAGCCGGACGCGUCGCGCUGGUCCUGCUUUCUGUAGGAAAGUAAUGGAAAGCGUUGAGACGCCGGUGUUUAAAACCGCUGACGCUGAAAACGUAAACAAAGGACUGUUGCCGCCUUUUGAAGGCAAUCAGCGGAACAUGAGUGACAUAAUUAUAAGAGGUAUGGCAGCUGCAUACCAACCAUGUCUGAAUCAACAUAAACCACCACAACAAGAGUCUCAAACCAUCAGACACCUUUCAAGUCUGGAGACCUGAUAUCACUGAUAUCACUGACGGACACCUGAGUGUACUUUUAUUUCCUACUUCUAUAUCCCACUAGAUGUUUUUAUUUCCCUCCAGAAUCAGGAGCAUCUAAAAGUUAGUUUUGACAAUAUCCAGCUUGCUUUGAUUUGUGAAGUGUAACGUGGUAAAAAGCUCUUUUUUUUGUGGACAAAUGGAUAACCGUGUGCCUGAGGGUCUUCCUUUAUGAUGACUAUAUUCUAGAUUAAUUUUAUCUGUUGAGCCUAUAGAUGGAUAAAUAUACUCAGUAUGUAUUCAGCUGCAUGGGUCCUUUCUGCACCGGGUCAUUUGUAGUAAAAGCGUCCAGCGUUGGCUCUUAUUUAGUUCGUCUGUGUCUAGAUUCAAAACUAUUGUUCUUUUCCUGCUAAGCAAAAGAAGAAGAGCGUACUGUGGCUUUGUGUCUCGGCUUUAAUAAGUGACAGGCAGAUGAAUUAUCACAAUAAAUGUAUGCAGAUUAUCGCUGUUUGCCAGGUCUGUAAAUGAGGUCGUGGUGCUUUUGUGGCGUUUGCGUGUUUUGAGAGGGUGCGCCUGUUUGUCGAGGUCUAAUUACAAGGCAGCAAACAUAAGUAUGGCCUCAUUUCCUGCCCGGUCGCUCCUCUAAACACUGCAUAUGUACAGCAUUGCUAAAUUAGGGCCGGAUUGACCUGGUAGGGGGCCCGAGGGCGAAGAUUUGCUGUUGACCACCCACCUACCAGCCUCUGUGUAUGGGUAUCCACCCUUUAAAGUUCCCUUUUAAAGAAUAGAUUCACAUUUUUUUCAAGUCUCAGGUGCCCAUAUGAGCAUUGAUAUAUGUUUUGCUUGCUGUAAUGAUUCCUCCUGUUCAUUCUGGACAUUAAAAUAUCCCCUUCUAAUAAACUUUCAAUGGAAUAGUG